AUGGAUAAGAGUUGGAUGAUUUUACCGAGACAAACUGAGGAGUAUAGAAAUGGAGUUGAGUCUUUCUUACAAUUUGCAUUUUCUAAUGCUAACAUAAAUGGAAUGAUUUUAUGCCCUUGUGUGCGGUGUAAGAUUGGUAUAUUUGUUUCAAGAGCGGUUGCUUAUGAUCAUUUGACGGUUGAUGGAUUCAUCAAAGGUUAUACUCACUGGGUAGCUCAUGGAGAAAUAGCUUAUAGUGCAUCUACAAACUCUGAUUUUGUCCAAUCUCGAAAGGAUGCAGAUGAUAUGCAAGGAUUAGUUUACGAGGCAUUUGGGAUUCCAGAGCAUAAUGAUAGUAUUAUCAGCACAUCAGCAUUUGAAAAUGAUAAGGAGAUUCCAACUAGAGAGGCAGAGAAAUUCUAUAAAUUAAUUGAUGAUUCACAAAAAGAAUUAUAUCCAGGUUGUAAGAAAUUCUCAAAACUUGCAUUUAUUAUUCGUUUGCUUCACUUGAAGUGUCUAGGGAAAAUGACCAACAGGAUUUUUGAUAUGCUUUUAAAUUUAUUGAGAGAAGCAUUUCCAAAUGCAAUGGAUGAUUUGCCUAAAUCGUACUAUGAAGCAGAAAAAUUGAUGAAGCAAUUAGGACUUGGUUAUGAAAAGUUUGAUGCUUGUCCUAAUGAUUGCACUUUGUUUUGGAGGUUGGAUAAAGACAGAAUUCAAUGCAAAAUAUGUAGUGAGCUUAGAUGGGAAACAUCUGAAAAUGAUCCUACUGCAUCCCAUAUGAGAUGGCAUUCUGAAUCCCGUACAAAGGAUGGUUACAUGCGACAUCCGGCUGAUUCUCCAUCUUGGCAAACAUUUGACCAUAAGGAUCCAGAAUUUGCAAAGGAUCCUAGGAACAUAAGGCUUGGUUUAGCAUCAGAUGGAUUUAAUCCAUUCAAAAAUAUGAGUGUGACACAUAGGAAUAACAUCGACAUCUACUUGCAACCUCUUAUUGCAGAUUUGAAGGAUUUAUGGGAGAUAGGAGUUCAAACAUAUGAUGCAUCAACUAAACAGAAUUUUCAAUUGCAUGCUGCAUUACUAUGGACAAUAAGUGAUUUCCCCGGAUAUGCAAACUUAUCUGGAUGGAGUACUAAAGGAAAACUUGCAUGCCCAGUGUGUCAUCAAUUUACACAUUCACAAUGGUUAAAACAUGGUGGAAAAUAUUGUUAUAUGGGUCAUCGGAGGUUUUUAAAUAGUGAUCAUGUAUUUCGAAAAAAUGCUCAAUUUUUUGAUGGCACAGAAGAGCAUGGAAGACCACCACCUAUACUAUCAGGAGACAUGGUGAUAAAUGAGUUGAAAAAUUUGAAAUUUACUUUUGGAAAAACAGUUAAUGAUAAUUCAGCUCUGCCAUUCAAUUGGAAAAAAAUGAGUAUAUUCUUUGAUUUACCAUAUUGGAAAGAUAAUGUGAUACGUCACAAUCUUGACCUUAUGCAUAUUGAAAAGAAUGUAUGUGAAUCUAUUUGUGGGACAUUGCUGAAUAUAGAAGGAAAAUCGAAAGAUAAUCUCAAAUCACGACUUGAUUUGCAAGAAAUGGGGAUAAGAUCAUCACUUCAUCCUAUUGAGAAAGGAUCAAAUAAAGUUUAUUUACCUCCCGCAUCUUUUUCAAUGGGGAAAAAAGAGAAGGAUAUAUUUUGCAAGGUCCUAAAAAAAAUCAAAGUUCCAGAUGGCUAUGCAUCCAAUAUUUCACGAUGUGUUCAAAUGAAACCGACAAAAUUAAGUGGUCUAAAAAGUCAUGACAAUCACAUCUUGAUGCAGCAAUUAUUGCCAGUAGCACUACGCAAAACUUUAUCUAAAUCUGUUCGGAUUCCUUUGAUUAGAUUAAGCAGAUAUUUUCAAGAGUUAUGUUGUAAAGUAAUUUCUCCUACAGAUUUGGUUCGUUUAAAGAGAGAUAUUGCUGUGAUCCUAUGUGAAUUGGAAAAGAUUUUUCCUCCAUCAUUUUUUGACAUAAUGGUUCAUCUAACUAUUCAUUUGGCAACUGAAGUACAACUUGCUGGGCCAGUUCACUAUCGUUGGAUGUAUCCAAUUGAAAGGCAAUGCGAGCUUGAAGAGGGUGUUCCCCACAAGCUAUGA